AUGCGCAUCCCCAUUAGCCUCCCCAUCUCCCAACAGAUAGACAUGAGAGACCACCCCGUGAAGACGCCAGCCGAGUGGCCCGGCGUGCUGAAGACGCCGGGAGCGACCGACUGGCCAGGCUCGCUGAACCCGUUCGAAGGCGAGUUCGCCCUCUACGACAUGCUCAAGUUCCGAUCAUCAGUCGACUACACCGUGUCGCGCAAGUCCUCCGGAGUCGUCCCCGAGGAAGUCGCCUCGGCCGUCGAGUCGCUAAGCAAUAGUGGUCCUUCCAGCUCACCGUCGGCGCAGUCCGACUCGACGUACCGUACGCCUUCAACACAUCGCUCGACUUCCACCCAUCAUGUCAGUUUCGCCAGCGCUGGCAGCUCGCCGACCAUGGAGACGCCCACAGCCUCCUCAGUGCUUAGCGCGGCUCCAGCCAAGCCGUUCUACAAGCACCCAUUCGCCGUACCCGAUCCCCGCGGCGAUCCCAAGGUCCACGAGCGGAUGGAGCUCGACCGUCCCCAUCCCUUUUCGCUGGCUGAGGGCAUUGCGAGGAGUCUGAGCGCCCCACCACCGCCCGCUCCGCCUCCGCCCACCAGGGCGCCUUCGAUUGUGUCCAGCAUCAGGAGUGGAAGGAGCAGGCUCGGCAGUCGGGACGACACCGAUAUUCACAUGGAACACAUGGAACAGAGGCGCAAGGCGGAGCGGGAUGAGUUUGGGAAGCACCACCAUCACCUCGACGCCUUGCUGAAAGCUAAGCGGAUGUCGGGCAGGCCGCCAAGCGGUGCACUGUGGUCAGGGUGGGAGUGGGUCGCUCUCCUUGCGAUCGUCGAAGAGCGCUUUGAGCACACUUUGGGCGCGCGUCGAUCAGACAACGCCGUAAACGAGCUGCGGAGCGGACAAUCUGACACGGUGCCGCAAGCAAGUGCCGUGCAGAUCCAGUCCAGAUGA